AUGCCGGUAGAUUUAGAUAACUCCUCCACAGUUUCCGGCGAGGCAAGUGUCUCCGUCUCCUCCACCGGAAACCAAAACCCACUUCCGAAAUCCGCCGGAAAGAAGAAACGGAACCUCCCCGGCAUGCCCGAUCCAGACUCAGAAGUCAUAGCUUUAUCACCAAAAACUUUACUAGCAACAAACCGAUUCGUCUGCGAAAUCUGCAACAAAGGGUUUCAGAGAGACCAGAAUCUGCAGCUCCACCGUCGAGGUCACAAUCUUCCAUGGAAGCUCAAACAGAAAUCGACCAAAGAAGUGAGGAAAAAGGUCUACGUUUGUCCAGAGCCGAGCUGUGUUCAUCACGACCCUUCACGCGCUUUAGGAGAUCUCACCGGAAUCAAGAAACACUUUUGUCGGAAACACGGCGAGAAGAAGUGGAAAUGCGACAAAUGCUCCAAGAAAUACGCUGUUGUGUCUGAUUGGAAAGCUCAUUCGAAGAUUUGUGGCACCAAAGAGUAUAAAUGCGACUGUGGUACUCUGUUUUCAAGGAGAGAUAGCUUCAUAACGCAUAGAGCUUUCUGUGACGCUUUGGCUGAAGAAAGUUCGAGAAGCCAUACUCAUCAGAGUAAGAAGCAGAAUCCGGACAUUUUGACCCGGAAGAAACCGGUACCCGACCCGAAACCUUUAACCGCAGCUAAUCCUCUGCCUUCGUCUCCAGUGGAAACACAGUCUGUCAAAAUCAAAUCUUCUCCGGUUUCAACGAUUAAGCAAUCAGAAUCCCCAAAGACUCCUCCUGAGAUCUUGCAAGAAGCUCCAAACGUUACGAGCAGCAACGGUGUUGGUGUUUUCGCAGGCUUGUUCGAAUCUUCCACAGCUUCUCCAAGCAUAUACACACCUUCCUCUUCUUCGCAGAGUCUCUUCGCGCCGUCCUCGUCCGUCGAACCGAUCUCUUUGGGUCUUUCAACGACUCAUGGAUCGUCUUUUCUCGGGUUAAACCGGUUUUCAUCAGCUCAGCCAGCAAUGUCAGCGACUGCUCUGCUUCAGAGAGCAGCUCAGAUGGGAGCAACGUCUUCAGGUGGUUCGUUGCUUCGCGGGUUAGGCAUAGUUUCGUCAACUUCACCUUCAAUGGAGUCAAUAGUCCCUCAUGGUUUAGGAUUGGGAUUGCCUUGUGGAGGUGAAAGCAGCUCCGGUUUGAAAGAGCUCAUGAUGGGGAACUCGUCUGUGUUUGGUCCGAAACAGACGACAUUGGACUUUCUCGGAUUAGGUAGAGCCGUUGGUAAUGGAGGUGGUCGCGGUAACGGACUAUCCGCUCUAGUCAGAGGUAGCGGCGGCGGGAUAGAUAUGGCGGCGACGUUUGGAUCGGGAGAGUUUUCAGGGAAAGAUAUUGGUAGACGAACGUCAUGA